UUGUCAACAAUACUUACAAGGACCACUGAGAUUACAGUUGGGAGUGUUGGCUCGCGACGGAAAUCGGACGCUAUGGAGAGGUAACUUAUUAACUUGCAGACAUUGUUGUCUCAAGCAGGACCUCAUGUGAUCCCUGCUAGCACUGCAGAAUCCGCAACACGCUUAUACUUGCAACCGUAGCUAGAAGAUGGGACAAUCAGCACAGUGAUAUCCUAACAGGCUCAGUCACAUGCAUCACUUAGUGUCCUGGGAGCUUUCAGUUCAUGGGCAUUAUGGAUGAACCUGUAGAGGAGUACAAGUCUCUGUUCAACUUUGAGCAGGGAGUGAACAGCAGCUACCUCUACCUGUCACCUGAAGAGAGUUUCACUCCCCCUGGUUCACCGGUACUGCCACUCAGAGGGCCCAAGAGUCCAGACAUCUUCCCAGAAGUCGGUGAAGAUGUGAAUGCAGUGUAUGCAGUGCCCAGUUCACCCUGCAUGGCCCUAACUGAGGAAGAGCAAGCAGAACUCAGCAGUGAACUAGCAAAGGUGGAAGAUGAGAUCCAGACUCUUUCUCAGGUGCUAGCAGCCAAAGAGAAGCAGGUGGCCGAGAUCAAGCGGAAACUGGGCAUCACUCCACUCAACGAGUUCAAACAGAACCUGAGCAAAGGCUGGCAUGAAGUCACCACCUCCACUGCGUAUAAGAAGACCUCAGAGACCCUGUCUCAAGUGGGUCAGAAGGCGACGACAGCGUUCUCCAAUGUGGGCUCAGCCAUUGGCAGAAAGCUAGAGGACGUGAGAUUACAGUCAUUUUCCAAUUCUUUUGGUAUACACUCCAUUCAGCAUUCGGCUAGCAUGCCGCUGAUGAGAAACACACCCACCUUCAAGUCAUUUGAGGAGAAGGUGGAAACCAUAAAGACCAAGAUGAACCCAACACCAUCAACAGGGGUUACUGAAGAGGUUUCAGAAUCCACACCUGAUGGAAAGCCAGUGGUUGAACAGCCAGAGGGAACGUGUCCACCAGAUCAAAAACCACACUGAGGAUCCACCCUCAAACGCUCCCCUCUUCUCUCUUUUUACCUCCUGUUCCCCUUCUUUCAUUCCACUGUGGUCCCUCUACAUAGUCACUGUGAGCUUUGUUUUGUGGCUCUAUUUGUCCACUGAAGUCUGGGUCAUCUCCAGACAGGACAUGGUAGUCCUACACUGGAGCAGAUGUGUGUCCGAAUGUGAGAUGUACUGUAUGUUCCUUCAUGCACUGUCACACUAGAGCAUUGACCUUUGACCCCUACCUUCAGGUCUGUGUUGUUCUAGCCUCCUGAGAGGCUCAGGCUGUCCUUUAGAAGUCCCUAAACAUUUCCAUUUACUCUUUUGAAGAAUAUAUCCUCCUUAAGGCAUUAUACAAAGUUUAAAGAUGUAUUUGAAUUUGACUUCUUGUUUGUGUAAAUUCUCUGUAGCACAUCCAGCUACUUAAAAUUGCCAGAUUUCUCUGUAUAUAUAGUUCAUUUUCCGUUUUUAAAACAAAUGCCAAAAACUCA